CAUGGAGUCGGGCGCCUGCGCAGUCGAAGCCGGAUUGUUGCAGGCUCAGACAGGGCGGCCCGUUACCAAGCACUGCACCGCGCUUUGCCAUAAGGACUACUGCUGCCAGCCAGAUAGCAACACGGAACACAGAAGGGGAUGGCAGUGAAUGUGUACGCCACGUCCGUCUCCAUUGACAACCUCAGCCGUCAUGACAUGCUCGCAUGGGUCAACGACUCGCUGCAUCUCACCUACACCAAGAUCGAGCAGCUCUGUUCAGGGGCCGCUUAUUGCCAGUUCAUGGACAUGUUAUUUCCGGGUUGCAUUCUUCUAAAGAAGGUCAAAUUUCAAGCCAAACUGGAGCAUGAAUUUAUACACAACUUCAAAGUCCUUCAAGCAGCUUUCAAAAGGAUGAGCGUCGACAAAAUAAUUCCAGUAGAAAAGCUUGUCAAAGGAAAAUUCCAGGACAACUUUGAAUUCGUCCAGUGGUUCAAGAAGUUCUUCGACGCCAACUACGACGGGAAGGAGUACGACCCCAUGCUAGCCAGGCAGGGGCAGGACGUGGCCCCCGCCCCCAAUCCAGGUGAUCACUUUAUCCACAAACCAAAGAGAAACCCAGGACCACAGCGAACGUCUCCAACGGUUCCUAAAAACAUGCCAACACCACAGCGAGUCCAGCACAACAUGCCUGCCAUAAGGAAGAAUCCGUCUUUGUCCAGAAACGGGGGCAGCGACGCCGAGAUCAUGGAGCUAAAUCAACAGUUGAUGGAGCUGAAGCUGACGGUGGACGGUCUAGAGAAAGAGAGAGACUUCUACUUCAGCAAACUACGGGACAUUGAGCUCAUCUGCCAAGAACAUGAGAGUGAAAACAACCCUGUGCUCAGCAGGAUAAUUGACAUUCUCUACGCCACAGAGGAAGGCUUUGCCCCUCCAGAUGAGGACGACCUCGAUGAACAAGGUCACCUGGACCAGGAUGAAUACUGAACUCCCUCCUCCAUCGCCCCUUCUUUUCUUUUUGCCCCUCGGUUUUUCUACUCUCUGCAAGCUUUCUAGCAUCACUCCUCCUUAUUCCUGCUCUCUGUCUGUCUCUCCUUCUUUCUUGAUCAUGUGUAUAUCUGUUGCUAACCUGCCCCUCCACCCUCCCUUCCUGUCUUACCGCACCUGCUCCAUCUUCUCAUUUCCCGCUCCUCCUUUCCUCCAUGUACACAGUAACAGCAACGGUAACCUACGACAAUAACCCAGUGAUUUUAGCAUGAGCAAUGCACAAAAAAAAAGAACUGGAACGAGAGGAGUUACAACAAAAGCUGUCUUUCUGUAAAGAUUAACUUUUAUUUCUAAAGGAAUAUCUUCUUUUUUUGUUAUUAAGUUACCUAUUUGCUUUUAUGUUGAUACUACUGUUAGAGCACAGAGCAACACUGCUCCAUUGUGCCAUCAUGACACUCUGUGAGCCACUAAACCUGUAGUAGAAGUGACUUCUGAGUAACUUUCUUUCUUUCUUUCGUAUUUAUUUAACUUAUAUUUUGUUUCAGUUGAAUUUCUGUAGCAGAAAUAUUGCAAACCUGCUGUAUGUGAAAAGAGCCGAGGGCCAGACGUGCUCCGGUUUGUGCUCGGGUCCGCGUCAAGCUUCUGAGUUGUCGUUUUGUUUUAUUUAAAGUUUUUUGCUGCUGGUUUUAAGCAUGUGAAAAUGCUGAAGGAAGUUGUUCGGUGCGACGACUUCAGAAAAGUGAUCAUUGCUCUGCAAAUACUCCUUAUUUAUGAGCAACAUAUCUGAGCAUGAGAAUGUUACACAGUGACUGUGAAUGAGUGAUAUUUUGUAAAUGUGCUUUGUGUGAAGAUUUUGUAAGUUGUCUCAAGAAGAUUCUGGUUUAUCCCGACAGUAUCCUAUGGGCUAACAAUGCACUAGCCUUUAAGCUUAACCUGCAGACUAAAAAUAUGGUUAUGUAGCAGUUUACAACAAUUAAAUACAGACACAUUUUUACAUAACUGAUUUUUUUUUCUUCUACUGCUGAAAUUAUUGUGUCUUUGUGUCUAAUUUGCGCAAAAGUUGUCCAAAGUUUUAGUUCCCGUCUGAAGGAAAGUUGUGAUCUGUGGUUAGUUGGCUGGUUGUCAACGACGACGCCUCCUUUUCCUUCCCUAAGCUGUUUUUAAAUUUGCAAACUGGUUGGAACAUGCAUUCAUCGACCAUGUCCACAGAACAAUCAUCUUUUGAGUUUUCAAUAAAUACACAGUUGUUGAACAAUGUA